AAGAAAAAUAAAACUUAAAGUAAUUGUUACAAUUAUUCAAAGGUGCUAUUUGUAAACGUAUAAAAGGAAUUCAUGAAAUGGUUUGCGGGUUGACUUCGUGUCUCGGGAGCGGCGCGGCCGGCGGCCUGUUCUCAUCCGCCGUUCAGUUCUUCGCGGCGACGCAGUGCCUGGUCGGGGAAACUUGGCCAAAAGAUUCUGUGCUGCAAAAUGGCUCUAGAUACGACUUCAUCAUCGUGGGUGCCGGUACCGCUGGCUCUGCGCUCGCUGCCAGACUCUCCGAGGUGGCCAACUUCAGCGUACUCCUACUGGAGGCGGGCGGAGAUCCACCGAUAGAGGCUAUUAUACCAGCGUUCAGAGAAACUCUAAAAGCAAGUUCGGUCGAUUGGAAUUUUACCAGCGUGGAAAACAAUAUUACAAGCCAAGCCUUAAAAAGAGGAAUAGAGCAACAACCUCGAGGGAAGAUGCUGGGUGGAACCGGUUCCCUGAAUCACAUGGUCUAUGCCAGGGGUUUUCCUUCAGACUACCACGAAUGGGCCGCAAUCGCCGGAGAAACUUGGAACUGGACCAACGUGCUCAAGUAUUUCAUGAAAACCGAGCACAUGACGGACACGAACAUUGUUAACAAUCCAGAAUUGAUGGUGUACCAUGGUCGAGGAGGUGCUAUAGAAGUUUCUGGAACGAAUGAAGUUAUGUUCUCCAUUAAGAAAUUUCUACAGGCAUUCGAGGAGCUAGGUUUCAAGACAGUUCCUGACAUGACUUACCCAAACUCGAUCGGUGCAGGAUGUUUUUCGCACACCAUCAGAAAUGGCGAACGCGACAGCUCUCUGAGGGCUCUCCUCAACAACGCGAAUAGUACAAGCCUACACAUAUUGAAGGAUGCCUUUGUAACGAAGAUUAUUAUCGAGAACGGAACUGCAAUCGGUAUUGAGGCGGUAAAAGACGACGAAAAGUUUUUAUUUUACGCUGAUCGUGAAGUCAUUUUAUCAGCCGGAACAUUUAAUACCCCGAAGUUACUGAUGCUCUCUGGCGUUGGUCCCUCAGAGCACUUGAGAUCGUUAGGAAUCGAUGUGGUUGCAGAUUUGCCGGUUGGGAGCAAUCUUCACGACCACGCUAUGGUAUUGGCGUUUCUCGUCGCCGAUAACGGGACAUGCGUGUCGGAUGAGGCAGAGAAUUCAAUGGAAGCAAUAAAAUAUCUUUACGACAGAACUGGUUUUCUUGCCAAGGCCGACAACAUGGCCGCGUAUUUGCCACUCUCUAGCUCUGAGCCCACCGUACCUGAGUUUGCUCUGUACCCGACUUGUAUACCACAGUUCUCGCCGUUUCGCAGCGGGUGUCUGACUUUGGGCCUGAACGAAGAUUUAUGCACGGAAUUACACAAUCUAAAUCAGGAAUAUGAACUGGUUACAAUUGCUGCUGUCCUGCUGAAACCCAAAUCCAGGGGUAAAGUGGAAUUGAAUUCCAUAAAUCCAUUCGACGAUCCUCUAAUAUAUGCCGGUACUUUUUCAGAAGAACAAGAUCUGGAUCAUUUCCCUCGGUUAAUCAAAAUGGCUUGGUCUAUUGCUGAUACGAAUUAUUUCAGAAGCAAAAAUGCACGUGUGAUAAAACCUUGGGUUGAAGCUUGCAGUAAUUUAACAGAGAGUGCGUGGAUUAAAUGUAUGUCAAGGGCGAUGGUGACAUCCGCUUGGCAUUCCGUGGGUACUGCCGCUAUGGGCACUGUAGUAGAUGGUGACCUGAAGGUGUUAGGUAUUAAUAGCUUACGAGUUGUGGACGCGAGUGUAAUGCCAAAAAUAAUUAGAGGGAACACAAAUGCACCGGUUGUGAUGAUCGCGGAAAUAGCAGCCGACCUCAUUAAAGAACAUUAUUCUGUUAGUCGAACAGGGACAAAUUUAAACAAUAUGACAUUCGGUAAUUUAACUGCCAGUAACAUGCCAAAUAUAAGUCAACCAAACAUUGGUUUAGCAUCUGUUAUCGAAAACAAUGAUGUGAUAAAUUCUAGCCUGAUAGAAGUUGAGAUAACAAAUAUAGAACUUAUCACUACUACUGAUAGGCUGUCAGACAUAGAUGAUACUGUCAAUGUCGCAUGAGGUGAUGUAACAGAAGUAGAUUUGAACGAAGACAAGAAAAUAACUAUAUUGAAUUUAAGUGAUGGUUUAGAUAUUGUG